GCCGAGAAGCAGCCUGUGCUCUUUCUCUCUCUCAAUCUGCUUCAUGUACUGUCUGUCUUCUCAGUAAUACCUUUCCUUCUUGCUGUGUCAGGACUUCAACUACUGCUUUUCCUUUCCUGUAUUCCGCUUAUGUUAUACACUCUUUUAUUUGACUUCUGCACUUCUGAUUUAAGGCUUGACAAGGAUCAAACAUGGGUGAUGCCCAUGGGCCAUCCAUUGGCCCAGCUGAUAUUCUCCUUUGUGACAGCUUCACCCAAGUGCCUGGAGAAGGAAUGGUCCUCUCGCUGCUCCUGACACAGAAAGAACUGAUAAUACAGAGCCUGGUCGCCACCUCAUCCGGAUACCCCCAGACAUCCUUCAACUUAGUCGACUGUGUCAGCUGUCACUCCUUCAAGGGUAAAGACCCCAAGGACAUCGGCGGGUAUUUCACCGUUGUCUUUUAUCCUCUUAGGGGGAUGUUAGGAUCUACAAACUACAGGCAGCGAAUUUGCAGGACAUUCCGGACAGAAGUGUCAAGGGACAAAGAGCAGAACAUGAAACUUGCCAGGACCUGGACAGAGAAGAUAAAGCAGCUGUCUACAGAGCCAGGUAAAGUGCCAUACCUGGUGCCAUCAGCAAUCCGCGUACUUGUGUUGUUAAAUCCUUGCGGGGGAACAGGAAAGGCUCUCACUCUAUUUGAGACCCACGUCAUGCCUAUGCUGACAGAGGCCAAUGCCCAUUUCACUUUGCUGGUGACAGAGAGGCCCAACCAGGCACAUGAGGUGGUACAUGACCAGGAUCUAUCUAACUGGGAUGUGAUCGCUGUAAUGUCGGGGGACGGACUCAUAUUUGAGGUCAUUAAUGGGUUAAUGGCACGACAGGAUUGGGCAGACGCCAUUAAAAAGCCCCUCUCUGUCCUUCCAGGUGGUUCAGGAAAUGCUCUCGCUGCAUCUGUCAAUUAUUAUUCUGGACACCAACAAGUCACGGGUAACAAACUCCUCAUGAACUGUGCCUUUAUCUUGUGUAAGGGUCAACCUCUCCCCCUGGACAUUGUUUCCCUGACCACCUUACCUGGAAAGAGGAUCUUCUCGUUCCUUAGCGUGGCUUGGGGCCUAAUUUCAGACGUUGACAUAGAAAGUGAGAAAUACAGAUUUAUGGGCUACGCCCGUUUCUCCGUAGGGACUUUUGUGCGUCUGACUGCAUUGCGGACUUACUCUGGACGUCUCUCAUUCCUGCCAGCCAGCCCUGCAGAAGUAGAAAUGGACAAUGGAGGUAGCCCUACAGCAGACAGUGGAGUGCUGGAAGACCAGCUUCUAGUACCACUGGACCAGCCCGUUCCAAGCCACUGGAAUGUCAUUGAAGACCAGUUUGUCCUGGUUCUGGCACUCUACCAGUCUCACCUUGGGGCUGAACACUUUGCUGCCCCUAUGGUCAAAGGCCCUGGUGAAGGACUCAUCCACUUGUACUACGCCACCUCCAGAAUCUCAAGGGGAAGUCUUAUUAAAUUGUUUAUGGCUAUGGAGAAGGGAACACAUCUAGACCACAAUAUUCCCCAUUUCACUCACCUUCCUGUUAUGGCAUUUCGAAUAGAACCACAGGAAAGUACUGGUAUCAUGACAGUGGACGGAGAGGUCAUUCAAUGCAGUCCAAUCCAGGGACAGAUUCACAGGGGCUUGGGACGUGUGAUAUCGAUUGCUCAAAGUCCUAAUGCAAACAGUAAUGCUGCAUGAGUGUCAGAACCUUCAUGUUGAGAAGGAAAUACUAUUGUAUUCAUUAGAGUAUAUUUAACAAUGAAGCUUGCAUUGGUAGUGCAACUAUGUAAUUUAAAACAUAAAUAGCACAUGUAUUUCUUUCUAAGAUAUACUGCCAAGGAUCUGGUAAGUAUAAUACGACUGCAUCAGUGAAAAUAGCUGUGUGUAGGUGUUAAUUUAUACUUUGAGAAGACGAGCUGAACACGCUGUCUAGAACUUCAGCGUAGUAGAAAUUUCACC